AUGAAGACAGCAGUAAUCUUACUAUUAUUAGCCUUAAGCGGAAAAGUUAGAAACUCGCAACUCAAAAUGCAAGAUCUAGGCAAAAAUCCGGGAAUAUUCGCCAUCAAGUUGGGAACAGCCCGAAUCAUCGAGAAUUACCAUCUUGUAAUCCAUAGUUUCAACAUAAGCAAGUAUGAGGUAAUAGCGAAACAGUACAAAAUUAUUAUCUCCGAGUUAGACGAAAAAUUAGAAACGAUCAGAAACCAUUCAGACACUACGCAGGAGUCAAACAAUCAAUUGUCGGAUAUAGGAAAUAUCCUGAGGCACAAGUAUGAUCAAAUCUAUUCAUUGUUACAAAAUUUUAAACCGAUAGUUAGAAAAUCUAAAAGAUCCAUUGACAUCCUAGGAUCAGUUAUAAAAACAAUCACAGGGAACCUGGACCAUAACGAUUAUGUAGAAAUAACGGAUAAACUAAAUGUACUGCGACAUUCCACUAACAAGCUAAUAACAGGAAACAACAGACAAGUAAUUAUCAACGAAAGUUUUGAACAGCGCAUAAACAACAUAACACAAGCGGCAAGAAGUCAGGCGAAAGAAAUUCACGAUUUCAUCCGGCAAGCUGGAUUUUACUCUAACGAUCUAAGCGCACUUCAGCAAAAACUCCACCUGCACAACGUCAUCUUCAGCCUCGAUAAUGUGAGGGAACAAUUGACCACAAUCUUCGAAUCAGUACAGCUAGCCAAACUCGGAAUAAUUUCUAAAGCACUACUUUUUCCAAAGGAAUUGGACUUUAUCAUACACAUACUUUUGGAAGAAGGGCUCAACAUAACGAGUUACGACCAAGCGUAUGAACAUCUAGAACCAGUAGCAAUCCACCACGAUAAUCAAUUACAACUACUGAUAAAAGUUCCAAAUUUUCGGAAUGGAAGCUACCAUAUGUUAAGGAUGGAACCAAUUCCAAUCAACCAUUCAAUUAUACACAUACAGUCUAAAUAUGUCGUUACCAGCAAACUAGAAACAUAUUUAAUUGACAAAUUCAACUCGAUCGAAGGAGAAUACAUUAUUAAGCUCACCAAUUUACGGAAUGUCACCAACAACGAAUGCGAACAUCAAUUACUUCGUACCAACCAGAGUAAAUGUGUGUUCAUGCAACACAAUACCAACAUGGAAGUCACAUACAUAGAGAACUACGGUACACUCAUUAAAAAUGCUCGAUCAGCAACGUUUGACAAUACUUGUGGAUACGAAAAGAAAAACAUUACCGGUACAUUCUUUGUAAAUUUCAAAAAUUGUUCAAUCUUCAUCAACGGGCUUAAAUAUUCGGAAAAAGAAAUGCAGACAAUAGCAAACCCGGACAUCAUACCAAUAUCCACGAUACGAAUAUCAGAAACAACACUGGAGUUAAACGAAAUUCAGAACCUAACCAAAUUGCAUAUAAAUAACAGAGAUAAAAUCAGAUACAUUGAAAAAAUGAAUCAUCGCAUCACCACGCACCAUAUCAUGAGCGGAACCAUCGUCGUAACCGUAAUUCUUAUAUUGGUAGCAUAUACUGCAAAAAAGAUCAGCGGACUCCAAGAGAGAAUCACGAUUCGAGUCCAACCAAACCCGAUCCGAGACGGCUCGAUCUAACGAGGGGGAAGUUAUGUGCCUGAUCGCCACCAAUGCCACCACCAUGCGAUCGCAACACACCGACGGUGCAUCAAUCCCAACACUAAAGCUGACGCAGCAGACACGCGCCGAAUUGCCACAGACGCAACCGCGA